UAAGCAAUUUUGUAUUUGGUUGAGUGCAGGCACGCAACUAAAUAUUCUGACCAUUGACGAACCACGAACCACGUAUAAUAUGCAAAAUUUUAACACACAAGUUAAAAUGAAACAGAACACUGCAGUAUCGGUCGUUACAGCCGGUUGUCCGUACAUUUGCUUAAUUCCCAUUAGGUUUUGCAAAUGCAAAUCACCAACUUAACGCCCACGUUUGCUCUCGUCCACCUGAAUCCUAUUAGCAAACAGUGAGCAUCGCCUGUUUUUCUCCCCCAGCUCCCAUUCCUGUUGUACAACAGGUUUCACCUUUACGCUGACGCAGAGGUCUAGUUAACGGCGCUAUCGAAAGCAAAUGGAUAUUUUCUAGGCGCCCCCUUUUAUCGGAAACCCUUUUGGGAUUUGCAAACCAGUACCGGUGGCUUUUGCCUAUGCGAUCGAUACACGCUGUGCUGGAUCCUCCAACAUGUAAAAACGACUAGAUUGAAGGCUGCUGAAACAAUCCGGUGCCGAUCAAAAUACCAGCAGCUUCAGCAUGUUCCAGCAAAAGCCGCUGGCGGACCGAUCGCACGGACGGGAUCAGUAUGAUAGCUGACAACAUGGAUCUGCUGUGGAGGAUCUUCUCGGCUCUGAGCUUUGACUGCUUCAGACGUGAGUCGUGUACCGGGCAGAGGUCUCCCACGAAGUCAAGUCAGGCUGGGAGUGUAGAGAGCAGCUCCCUGAGUGGAAGCCUGUCCUUGGGCCCUGAUUUACCCCACUGCCAGUGUUGCAUUACCUAUGAUGCCCGACUGAGGCGCCUCUCCUGUGGGCAUCUCUAUUGCGACGCCUGCAUCGACCGCAUCGUCAACCUCGCCUUCGAGGACAUCGAGGGUCUCUCCGACUACCCUUGCCCCAUGUGCAAGUCCAUCCGCCAGCUCGGUGACCUGCUGCACGUCCCGGAUGCCCUCAGCACCCCCGUCUGCGUCCCGUUUUGGAGCCUGCAGCGACAGGUCAUCAAAGGGGAGGAAUGGAGGGGAAACUGAGGACGGUGGAUGUCGCUGACGUUCCCAAGGCUCAUCCGGACAUUUCAGAGGCGAGUCCAUCGACGCUUUAAACUGAGGCUUGGAAUUCUCAGUGAUCAGUGAAAGACUGAUUUGGUAUAACGACCCAAAAUCAGGACGUCGAGUAUUUUAUGGAGCAAAAAAACCAUUAUGACAGAGUGUAUUUCACUAUAUAAAUAAACUGAAUUUGUGAACAGGUAAUGUGAUAUAUAUAAUUAGUGGACCACUGACGCCAGUCAAACUUAAGAUAGUAUAUGUCUAUCAGUAUUUGGGGUUUUUCUUUUAAAGAUAGACGCUUCAUAAUGAGAAUUUCGAAAGAGGAAAUCUGGGUGACCAUGACUGGAGAUUCAACAGAAUGCUAGUCUUAUUUGGUGGUCUUCUUGUUUGGGUCUUCACCUGUGGAAGCUAAAUAUACAUUUACUAAGCUUAUUGUACAGUGAUUUGGUAUUCUAGUAUGUUGUGUCUUCAGAGUGUGUGUAUAUAAAUUCAAACUGAUCAGAUUUCCUGUUGGGCAGGAGCUAUUUCAGAAGUGUAAAUCAUAAAGGUUCAAGCUAUCGCAAUGGCAGUGGAUGUUUGAGCUGUUUCCAUAGUAACUUUUAUAAGGUGUAAUAUGUGACACGUUUUAAAAUGGUUCAUUUUAACUGUUCACGUCAGUGUUUAGUAGUGCUGAUAUCAAGCUAUUUCAAAUGACAGACAAUGCUGUAUAUAUUUAUUUUCAAUAAAAAAUAAAACGCA